AUGAUAAACGAAGAAGACUUACUAAUAAAUGACAAUAGUUUGCAAAAAUUAUUUUCUAGUGAAAAACUUGAAAAUAGUGUAUCUGAUAUACGUGCAAUUCUAUGUGGAACAUUAUCAACUUUUGAUCAGGAUUUAAGUUUAAACUUGAAUAAAGGCUUUGAUCCUUCAUUUCAUUUACCCGAGCUGCCUUCUAAACCGAUUGAUGUCUUAUUAAAUUCUUUACCGAGUACAAAUUCACAAUUUAUACAUAAACAAACUAAAAGUUCCGAGAACUUGGAUAUAGAUGAUGAUGAAACGCAAUGUUCUAUAUCAACACAAAUGUCUGAGAGUACAUAUAAUUCGGUAUCCGAAAAUAAGACAGUCUGGGAGAAAGCAAUGGAUUUUGAUAAGAAACCGGGACAAAUGUUUUCUUGGGAGUCAACUGAAACAUCAAAGUUAAAACAAAAUCCGACUUCACCGUACUUAACAGAAUCAGAUAUUUCAGUAUUUGAAUCCGUUUAUCAUAGCCAUUUUUACCAUUCUUAUGGCUAUACCAACUUCUCCAUUCCUCAUGAAGUUUUAAUCCAAGAUGUUCUAAAUUUAAUAAUUGGAACGCCAUCCCAAACAUUUACCUAUGAUAAAUCUAGUAGAAGGUUCAUUUCAAAAUUUUCAACCCUUCGUAUGAGUGGAUGUAGUUCUAAAAGUAUGAAUAAGAUGUUGAGACGAUUUUUAAAUCUUGGUUCACAUAUUAAAAGGCUUGAAACUGUUUCCGAAGGGUGCAUGAUGAAUGCACGAUUAAAUGGAUUGACUGGCGUUGCCUUUGGACGAUCUCUUUCUUCUUUUAUUGCAUUUGUACGAACUUCAAUUGUUGAAAUGGCUGAAACAAUAACUGCCCAAGAUCAAAUGAAAAUUGUUCGACUUUAUCACAUAAUAGACGAUGCCUCAUUAGUAAUUGAAAGAAUUGCAGCGUUUUGUCGAUGCGAUGUAGAUAAUUCGAGGAUAUUAGAAUUGACAGAAAGUCAAAAAGAACAAAUUGAAAAUGAAGGGUUUUAUGUGCCAUUUGGUUCCAAUAUCUUAUCAGAGCUAUACACAACUGCAGAGUCAAUAGAUGCGGCAAGAACUCCACUUCUGAAAUCUAUAUUGUUAGCAUUUUUGGAGCAAUCAAGUUAUCCUUUUUUCCAUAUGCUAAGUUCCUGGUUAGGUGUUUGUUCUUCAUCUCCUUAUGUUUCAUUACCCUUGGAAUUACAAAAGGGUGAUUUUCUUGAUCCAUAUGAAGAAUUCUUUAUUGUUAAUUUUGAAGUUGAUUCUAAUCAUGUUAAGAAUGAUGGGGAUGGAUUUUGGCAAGGUGGAAUUCAUAUAAGUGAAGACCAUCCACUUCCUGCUUUUAUUGAUUCUGAGUUAGCUCGAGAUGUUCUCGAAGCAGGAAAAUCUCUAAGAUUGUUACGAGAUUGUCGCCCAAAUCAUCCAUUGUGUCAUCCGGGUGUUAUAUUAGAUCAAACAACCGGCAAGCAAGCUUGGGAUAUAACAAUGAAGUGGUUAUUCAUUCAAGGAGACAUAGAUGAGUAG